UUUAAAACCAACCAACCAACAGAACAACAUGGACUUUGGCAGCCAAGGGCCAACACCAAUGAUAUCGGGACGUCGUCUACUGGUGAAAAUCGUCAAGGGAGAAGGUUUGAAGGAUGCUCGUGAUCCCUAUGUGGUUGUGGAAAUGGAUGAGCCACCGCAAAAGAAUCAAACUGGUGCCCGCCAGGGCAAUCAACCCUAUUGGGAUGAACAUUUCUUAUUCGAUUUGUCACCACAAUCUGCCGAGAUCCUCUUCGAAGUCUAUGAUCGUCCUGCCGAUGCCACAGCAGCUCCCAAGUUGGGCCUGGGUCUGGUGGGCAUUGAUGAGCUGGCCGUAGGUCCAGCCUCAACGCAAGUCUUAGCCUUGCAGCCACGUCCCUAUGAAACACAACAGGUCUCCGGUUCCAUAACCGUGGACUUUGUGUUCAUUGAAGGUGCCGAAAUACCUGCCGGCCCCAGACCAUACAAACUGAAAGAAGCCUUGCACAUUAGUACGCCGAGCAUCAAUGAACACAUGAAGAACGGCUCGAAUUUGGCCGAUGCUGCUGUACGUGCCUUACAGGAGGGUGCACUGAACACCAACGGCCAGCCCAGCAAGAGUACACUGAUCAUACAUAGUGUUCAGAGGAAUUCAAGCAAUCCAAAUGCAUUUAAGGUCGAAGUCAACAAAGAUGGACAAAUCGAAGUUAAAGAAUCUCAAGAUGUAUUAAAUGCCGCCGUCUCAAAGGCCUUGGAAAGCCCUGGACAGGAGGCGACAAACGACUCGAUUCUGCCAAUCGAUAGCCUAGAGAAUAUUGAACAAAUAACACAGGAUACAUCGGUGACCACAGAUAUAACUGCAAGUCCCACCGAUUCGUAUCCCCAAACUGAGUGCCUAAAUGAAAAACCGUCCCUAGAUAAUACCACAGGUAACGAUAGUGCUUUGGGAGAUUCCACCACAGAGUACGGUCAACCGAAUGCUGCCUCCUCGCCAAAUGGUCACAACAACUAUCAACAGAAUGGUGCCUCCAUGGCUGGCUAUUCACCUGCUAGCAACAAUAACAACAACAACAACUCGUAUUCGAAUAACGGCUAUUCCAGCAACAGUUUACCUCGCAAUGGUGUCAUGACACAACAACCCCUGUCAUCACCGCCCACAUCCGAUCUGGACGAUCGUGGCCGCAGUAAGAAACGCAAUUUCUUUGGUACUUUGAAAAAACGUUUAAGCCGUUCCAAGACACGCACCCAUUCGGCCGAUCAACAACAACAACAUCAAUCAAAUCAAACAACAACCCCAACAGGAACACUCAAUGGUGAUUCACGUUCAUUAUCUGUCGAUCGUGCUGUUUUGUCCAAAAGCAAUUCACUUGGACGCUCGGGCAUGUCACCCACUUUAGAUCACUCAAGACGCUCUUCAAUUUCAGAGUCUUCAGCAAUCUCAGGUUUCUCUUCGGCCAGCACAAAAACCUACGUUCACGAAGCCUCCACACUGGUACUGGAGACCAUUGAAAAUGGCAUUAAGAGACACUUCAUUGUGCCUCUCAAUAUCGCACAACGUCCCAGAUGGCGCCGCAAGGGAACCAAAUUGCACAUAUACAAUGAUCACACCUUUAUUGCCAAGCAUUUAAGCGGCGGUGGCUUGCAAUGCUCGAUAUGUAUGAAAUCGAUACCCCGACGACCUGGAAAACAGGGUUAUGAGUGUCGUGACUGUCAGCUGAUUUGUCACAAACAAUGUCAUGUCCGUGCACCCCAAGCCUGUCCCAAUCCAACUGUACUCUCAAUGGAAUUAUCAAAACUUAAUUCAGCAGCUGCAGAUCGAAGCAUUAGAAAAUUAUGAGCAGACAAAAAGCGGAGAUAAAACUUAAAACGAAAUAAUUUAAACCGUUUUUUUAUAGAAAACACACACACUCUCUCUCUCUCUCUCCUACUCCUACUACUCUCUCUACAUAGAAUAAUAAUACCCCCUCUCUCUAAUUUUUCUACAAAUUAAGUAAACUAAAAUAAAAGAAAAGAAAACAAGAAAAAUCAUAAAAUAUAAAUAAUAGGUAAAUAUUUAAACAAAUUGAACUCCAAAUACAAAUUUAAAAAAAUAAAAAAAAACUAAAAAAAACCGAUCGCACAUUUGCAAUUGAAACUGAACCAAGUGAAAGAAAAAAUUAAUUAAACAACAAAUUUUUAAUAACAAUACUAAAGUCUACUAUUUUGUUUUGUAAAUGUAAAGAAAAAAAUAAACGUAAAAUAAAUUGUGUUUUUAGUUGUUAAGUCAUUUAUUACCUUUUUUUAAAACUACAAAGAUAUAAACAUUGAACAAAUAAAUAUAAAACAUUGCAAUAUUUUUUUUCCUUUUAUACUUUUUUUUUAUUAUUUAUGUUAUGUUUUUUGUAUUUCCUUAUAUCGAUACAGUUGUAAUCUCAUUUAUUUUUUUGUAUGUAUAUUUUACUGUAAUACUUAUUUCAAAUCAAAUAUUAUCUUACAAUAAAUGUGUUUUUUUUUACAAACGAAUAACCAAGAUGGAAUUGUUGAUAUUCGAAAUAAACCAAUACUUAACUAUAAUUUGUAUGUAUAUUUUUUGUUGUUUUGGCAAUAAAAUAAAGAA